AUGGCCGCACCCGCCGCCGCCUCGUCCGGCGUCUCUUCGAAGCUCACGCAGCUGUGGAACAGUCCUGCAGGACCGAAGACCGUCUUCUUCUGGGCACCCAUGUUCAAGUGGGGCCUCGUCGCCGCCGGCCUGAAAGACCUCUCCCGACCCGCCGAGGUGAUCUCAAUCCCCCAAAACCUCGCCCUGACUGCGACCGGCCUGAUCUGGGUGCGGUAUUCGUUCGUCAUCACGCCUGUCAACUAUUCGCUUGCGGCGGUCAAUAUGUUUGUCGCGGGGACGGGGAUCACGUCGCUGUACCGGGCUCUCGACUGGCAGCGCAAGUCACCAGAAGAGCAAGCCAAGAUCCGCCUUGAGACGGCCGAGGCAGAGAAGGCGAAGGACGCAGCAAAGGCGCUCGCAGCCUGA